AGGGAUUAAAACUAGUUAAAAGAGCAUAAACGGAUAAUAAAAUUCAGGUUAUAAUAAUACAAAUGAGAAUUCAGGUGGUAAAUGGUUUUAAUUUUUUUAAAGGGAUAACCAGUUAGAUAUACACCUAAAUAGGCUAUAUUAAAGUAUACAUGAUGAAAAUUAAUCUUCUAAUAGUAAUCUUACUAUUUUUCCACUUUAAUGAAUUGGACUAAUACUUGAGGAUCGUUGUUAUAUCUAGACAUGAGUCAAUUACAAUUUACAAGUCAUGAUCAUUGUUAAAGUAAAUUAUCAAGGCCAAACCCUAUGCAUGCAUUUUUUUUCUUUUUUAAUAUGUGGUAAAUUGCACACCAACUGUCCCUCCUAGUUAUCCUUGCCUGCCUUGGUCUCAAAAAAUAAAAAUAAAAAUAAAAAUAAAGAAAAACCCAAACAUCCAUCUUUUUUUAGAGACUGCUGGGACUCAUUUCUGUUUGUCCACUUCAAACACUCAAUAGUAGGUUAGAGAGAGAAUUUCACACUCCAGUACUCCACUGAGCACUGACCCUUUUCAUUUUUAAUUAAAGCACAAAUAUUCAUUUCAAACAAAUCUUUUGAUUGGAUUCCAAAACUAAUUAAAUUUGUGCUAUUAAUUUCCAAAACCCAAAACCUCAAAAAUCCCAAAAGCACAAAACCAUAAACAACAAACUAACUACAAUGCCAACAACAUAAACACAAACCAACCAAAAAAAAAAAAACAUUACAAAAACCAAAUUAACCCCUUUAAUCACCCCCUUAAAUCUUUCAAAACAACCCAAGAUUAAUUAAUCAAAUUAAUCAUGUUAUUACUAAUCUUGUUCAUCUUCAACCUUCUCUGUUUUACUUCCCCUGUUUUUUCAACAUCAAACCCAGAACUUGAAUCACUUUUAACCCUAAAAGCAUCACUUGACCCAUCAAACUUACACCUUUCAUCAUGGUCCAAGAAUGGUGACCCAUGUGGUGGGACCUUUGAUGGUGUGGGUUGCAACCAUAAUGGUCAAGUGGCUAACAUUUCAUUGCAAGGAAAAGGGUUAAAUGGUCAGCUUUCUCCUGCAAUUUCUGGGCUUAAACAUUUGACUGGAAUUUACUUGCAUUAUAAUUCUCUUAGUGGUGAGAUUCCUAAGGAGAUUGGUUCUUUGUCUGAGUUGGUUGAUCUUUAUCUUGAUGUUAAUAAUAUUUCUGGGGUUAUUCCUCCUCAGAUUUCUCACCUCGAUAAUCUUCAAGUUCUGCAAUUAGGCUACAAUCAGCUAACAGGAAGCAUACCAACACAACUGGGAUCUUUGAGGAAGUUAAGUGUUCUUGCAUUGCAGUCUAAUCACCUAACAGGUGCAAUUCCUGCAAGUUUAGGACACAUAGAAACCCUACUCAGGCUUGAUUUGAGCUUCAAUCAUCUCUUUGGUUCAAUCCCAACACCAAUUGCUGAAGCUCCAUUGCUCGAAUCUCUUGACAUUCGAAACAACACUCUUUCUGGCACUGUUUCCCCUGCUUUACUGAGAUUAAAUGAAGCGUUUAAGUAUGCAAACAAUCCAGGAUUAUGUGGAGUUGGUUUUCUUACUUUGAGAAGUUGUCCUGAUUCUGAUCACCUUGGUCAAAUCAGGCCUGAACCUUAUGGAGGAGGGGCUGCAUCGUCGAAUGGUUUACCUAGGAAAGAAAUCCCCGAAACAGCUAAUGUUAAGCUUCCUAAUUGUAGCCAAACUGAGUGCUCGAAAACCACUCGAAAAAGUUCUCAUGCUUCUGUUGCUGUAGGAGUUGUGGUUGUGAUCCUUGCAUUGUCACUUGUUAGUGUUUUCAUCUUUGCUAAAUAUCGCCGUACAAAGCAGAAACUCGGGAGUUCAUUGGAGUUAUCUGAUACCCGUCUUAGUAUUGAUCAGCCUAGGGAGUUCUGUAGGAAAAAUGGUUCUCCUCUGAUUAGUCUUGAGUAUCCUAAUGGAUGGGAUCCAUUAUCUGAUGUUAGGAGUUUCAAUGGGUUUUCUAAUGAUGUAAUUCAAGGAUUUCGGUUUAAUUUGGAGGAAGUAGAAUGUGCUACUCAGCACUUCUCACCAUCUAACUUGUUGGGUAAGAGUGGUAUGUCGGCUGUGUUUAGAGGAGUCUUGAGAGAUGGUUCAGUUGUUGCUGUCAAGAGGAUCAGUAAGAGUAGUUGCAAGUCUGAGGAGGCUGAGUUUCUGAAGGGUUUGAAUGUUUUGACCUCUUUGAGGCACGAAAAUCUGGUUAGGUUGAGAGGCUUUUGUUGUUCAAGGGGAAGGGGUGAAUGCUUCUUGGUCUAUGACUUUGUUCCCAAUGGGAUUUUACUUAAGUACCUUGACCUGAAAGAUGGAGAUGCAAAUGUCCUCGAAUGGUCUACUCGUGUCUGGAUCAUUCAUGGCAUCGCCAAAGGAAUUCAAUAUAUGCACAGCUCCAAAACCAGCAAGCCAGCGCUAAUUCACCAGAACAUUUCAGCUGAGAAGGUUCUGAUAGACAAACGGUUCAACCCUGUACUCGCUGACUGUGGCCUCUACAAGCUCCUUACCAAUGAUACCGUGUUCUCAGCACUCAAAGCGAGUGCAGCAAUGGGAUACUUGGCUCCCGAGUACACCACAACUGGCAAGUUCACUGAGAAGAGUGAUGUCUACGCUUUUGGCAUGCUUGUGUUUCAAAUCAUUUCAGGGAGGAGGAAAAUAAGCAAUUUCAUUCGUGUUGGUGCUGAAUCAUUGCGAUCUCAAGAAUAUGUGGAUUCAAAUCUUCAUGGAAAAUUCUCAGAGUUUGAGGCAUCUAAGCUUGCAAAAAUAGCUUUGAGUUGUACUCUUGAAUUGCCUAACGAAAGGCCUUCGAUGGAUACAAUCAUCCUAGACUUAGGUAGUUGUACUAAUUGUUAUCGAUCUCCAUGACUUCAGGACUAAUUGGUGCUAAUUAAGUGUCAUUAUCUGUUUAGAAUUUUCUUGUCUUCAGGACUAAAUUAAGUAUUUGUUUCCUGGAGUCGAUUGUGAUUUGUAGACUGUAGGUACUUGUUUUAACUGAUGUGUUUUCUGGGAAAUGCAAUGAGAAAAUGUGAUCUUCUGUUCUUAGUA